AUGGCUAGCGCAUACCAGGAAAUAGAGAAUCGAAUCUAUUUAGCCCUUGAAGCCUAUCAACGCGAUAAAAAUCGCAAACUGACCGCGCUGGCGCGUGACAUCGCUAACCGCCCACGCCUGCUUACUGAGGCCCAGAAGCAAGCUAUUGUGAGGACUAUUGACCACCUACGCCGAUAUAAUAUCAAGUUAAAUGGCAAGGGCAUCGAGGACUCCGCAAAUCUGCUACUAUGGCGGCAGUACGAGCGGGACCACCCAGAGGCCGCGAUGCCAAAAUCUAAAUCAAUUCUCUCUGGAGGAGUGGAGACGAAUGGCAAUGAGCACAGCGUGCGAGGACAGGUAUUUGGCCCGUACGGGGCACCUGCGGUCUAAUCCGCUGAUGUAGGGCUCCUUGUGAAGAGAGC